AUGAUGAAUAUUGCAGGUGUGGAUAGCGUGGACAUAGACAUGGAGAAGCAAAAGGUGACAGUAAGAGGAUACGUGGAGAAGAGUAGGGUUCUGAAAGUGGUGAGGAGAAGUGGGAGAAGGGCUGAGUUCUGGCCAUACCCUUACGACAACGAAUACCAUCCCUAUGCUUCUCAGUAUUUGGAGGAAUCCAACUUCACAUCGUCCCACAACUACUACGUGCACGGCUACAACGAGAGCGUGCAUGGCUACUUCCCCCAUCUUCCCUACCCAACCAUCGAUGAUCACAUCAGCUAUCGUUUUAGCGACGACAAUGUUCAUGCAUGUGCUCUUAUGUAA